AUGAACCCGUGUGAAAGUUCCAACACUGAUGGCUGGUACGAUGAAUCUCCCCUACCUGAGUGCCUGGUGAUAGAAAUCCUUGUUAGAUUGCCUGUUAAAUACGUUUUCGGAUUCAAGUGCAUCUCCAGGCAGUGGCUUUCUAUCAUAUCAGAUCCUGGUUUUGCCAGGUUUUAUAUUUCUCACGAGUCGUCAGGUUCAACCACAGCAUGGACGUUGCUACGUAAUUUAAAUUGCAAAUAUGAAGAAAUCAUCAUGAAUUAUGCAGGUUUUUCUGAUUCGAAAUCUAUGGCUCUACCUCCUGCACCCACCAUCUUUUCCAUAUUUGAUAUUCAUAAGCAAUCAAAACAAAAUCGACAUCUGAUUUUUGCUACUAAGGUUGAAGGGGUUAUCGCUACAGGAUACAAGGUGGUUCAACUUAUAAUACCUCGUGGAGGUACUGCAUUCUUGGACCUUGAAAUCUUUUCUUCUGAAACAGGUGAAUGGACAAGUACCCAGGUGCAUUGUUCCCAAGGUGUACUUAUCAAAAGAGCUAGAUUUAAACCCAUUGCUCUAAAUGGGAUUCUUUAUAUCUAUGAUGAUAAUAAUCCUCUUCUAAGAUAUGAUUUAGACAGCAAGGACGAUCGGUGUCAAUGUAUUCCAAUGCCUAACAGAAAAUGGAAUCCUGUUUCUUUUUAUACCAUACACAAUAUCAACCAAGAUGAUCUUAGAUAUUUUUACAUAAAUGAAACCGAGUUGCAUAAGAAUCUGAGUCUGGAACUAUGGGUACUCAACUCAGGGGAGUAG